CCUCCUUCUUCCCUUCCAUCUCGCGGGACAUGACAGCGCCUCCACCGUCCGCGCCCAAGCCGCUCUCGACGGCGGAGGGCUUCGUCUUGGGAGGAAUCGCGGCAUGUAUAGCUGUCACCUUCUCCAACCCGGCGGAAGUCGCCAAGACGCGUCUGCAGCUACAGGGAGAGCUCAUGAAGGGAGGCUUUGAGAAGGUCUACCGAAAUGCGUUCGAUGUGUGGGGCAAGACUUGGCGCAACGAAGGUGUCCGAGGAUUGCAGCGAGGAUUGGCCCCGGCGUACGCGUACCAAAUAUUACUCAAUGGUUCACGACUGGGCUUCUACGAACCUAUACGGCACAGCAUAAACCGUUUACUGGGAUGGUCGCCUACAGAACAGGUUCCGAUAACCUCCCUUCUGGCUGGUGCUGCUAGCGGUGCUGUUGGAGCGUCUCUCGGGAAUCCGCUGUUCCUCAUAAAGGCUCGCAUGCAAGCUUAUUCACCAGCGCUCCCGGUUGGCGCACAACACCACUACAAAAGCUCGUUUGACGCCCUGGCCACCAUCUUCAAAGCCCAGAAGUGGAGAGGCCUCGUGAACGGAAUCGACGCUGCCAUCCUGCGAACCUCCAUGGGCUCCUCCGUACAGUUGCCAAGUUACAAUUGGACCAAGAAUCAGCUUGUAUCGCGAGGCAUACUGCCGAGUAACAGCGUAUGGACCUACCUCCUCAGUAGCACUGUAUCUGGGAUGUGUGUGUGCAUUGCUAUGCAGCCCGCCGACACAGCAUUAACACGAAUGUACAAUCAACCCAUGGUGAAAUUACCUAAUGGUCGAUAUGCAGGAACACUAUACAAGAAUCCAAUAGACUGUCUGUGGAAGACCGUUAAAACAGAAGGCGUGUUUGGCUGGUAUAAAGGCUCAACCGCUCACUUCCUCCGCAUUGCACCUCAUACUAUAAUCACUCUCACCGCAAACGACCUACUCAUCAACUUAUACAGGCGUUUUCGGUACGGCCACAAUUAGGCAGGCAUGAUCAAUGCGAUAUGGCCUCUUCCAGUGUACGAGGCUACAAGGUUUCUUAUCGACGAAGCCCCGUGUCUCGAUCGUGAAGUGCAUUGCCGAUGCAGACCAACCCUAAAUCUGAUAUACUUCACUCCUGGAAAAUCCAGCCGUCUUCUCUGAGCGCAUGGACUGCGUCGUCGAUGUUUCCUUUCGGUACAAGAACAUAGUCGGUGUUGUAUGUGCUGACCGCGAAGACAGGUACCGCAGCCUUCUUUAACGGCGUAGUAAAAUCGCAGAGGAUGCCCGUCAGUCC